AGUUUGUCAUAUCUAUAUUGCUUUCUUCCCGGGAUCAUUCUCUCAAAAUCUUCCCCACUCUCUAGCUUAUCGUCCUCAGUUACACUAAAGCUCCAGCAGCUAGCAUGGCGGAUUUCCUGAGAGAAGAACAACUUGCUGAGUUCCAGGAGGCCUUUCGUAUGAUUGACAAAGACUCAGAUGGUUUUAUCAAGGUGGCUGAACUUGCUGCAGUGAUCCAGUCACUGGAAGGACAUCCGUCCAAGCAAGAAGUUGAAGAAAUGAUUAGAGAAGUUGAAUUUGACGAAAACGGAAACAUAGAUAUGGCAGAGUUCUUGAAUAUCAUGGGAAGAAAAAUGAAGGAAAAUGUUGCAGAAGAGGUGAAAGAAGCUUUUAAAGUAUUUGACAGAGAUCAAGAUGGAUUUAUAUCAGCUAAUGAGCUGAGAAAUGUGAUGAUACAUAUGGGGGAGAGAUUAACAAUGGAAGAAGCUGAACUGAUGAUAAGACAUGCUGAUUUAGACGGUGAUGGUCUCCUCAGCCAGGAGGAAUUUUUGAGGAUGAUGAUACUGUAAUUUAAUAACUACAAUCACAUUUGCUUAAUUUACUUGUCGCAAGUAUGAUAUAUUGGCUUGCCUUGUUAUGUGUAUAAAAUAUAAUGGUAGGUUCAAAUAUUGAUUCUGUCUGCUUAUCAUCGACAUGAUUUUCCCAGUUAA